CCGUCACCGUCGCCUCGGAUGGAUCCGGUCAGUUCACCAACAUCAACUCGGCCAUCUCCUACGCCCAGGCCAAUGCUGUCCCUACCGUCACCGUCUUGGCCGGCACGUACACCGAGGCCAUCGCCAUCCAGGCCACCGCCGCCGUGACCAUCGUCGGUGAGACGGCCGCCACGGGCAAGACGUACUCGGACAAUCUCGUCACCAUCACCAACGGUGCCGCCGGUACGACCCCGCCCAUCAACUUCCUGACGAGCACCUCCAAGGGCGUCACCUGGAAGAACGUCAACAUUGCCAACGCCAAUGCCGCGUCCACCGCCGGCAUUGCCUUCCUGCGCGGUUCCAAGCACGCCUUUUACUCGUGCCAGCUCACCGCCGCGGGCAGCGUUGGAUUCACCGGCAGCCAUGCCUCUGGACUCAUUGCCAACUCGUACAUCCAGGCCGCCGACAAGAUCUUCUCGUCCUUCGGCAGCUUCUACGUCUACGGCUCCACCAUCACGGCCACCAACAACAAUGCCCUCAUCGUCUACAACAAGGGCUUCACCGACACCGCCUCGGGCAAGCUGUACAACGCAAACGUCGUCUUUGACACGUGCCAGAUCAUCCAGAAGGCCGGCACCACGAACAAGAAUGUCUUCAUGGCGGCCGCCAACGGUGUCGGCGUCGCCGUCAUCUGGCGCGAGACGUCCAUCGCCGGCUUCGUCGCCAACUCGGGCGUCUACGUCGACGCUACCACCCAGGACGCCCGCAACACCUACAUCGAGUACGGCACCACCGGCGCCGGCAGCUACGCGAACAAGGCCGCCGCCCGCGCCGCCUACAUCACGCUCGCCACCGACGUCGGCAAGCUUGCGCCCUAUGAGCUUUCCGCCUUCUACACGGGCUUGUAUCCCAGUGUUGCCGUCACCGACGUCGACUGGGUGGAUGCCGCCGUCUUGCGCUCGAUCCAGAGGGGCUCCUCUGGAUCCGCCACGACGACGACUGCUGCUGCCACGACGACGACUACUUCUGUUGCCCCUACGACGACGACUACUUCUGUUGCCCCUACGACGACGACCACUUCCACGACGACGGCGUCGGCUGCUGCUUCGUCUGUUGCUGCUAGCGUCAGCAUUGCCUCGUCCAUUGCCAGCGUCAACAUUGCCUCGUCCGUUGCCAGCGUCAACAUUGCCUCGUCCGUUGCCAGCGUCAACUCUGCCUCGUCUGCUGCCCCCAGCGUCAGCAUUGCAUCGUCCGUCGCCCCCAGCGUCAACGUUGCAUCGUCCGUCGCUGCUAGUGUAGAACUCCCUCCCUCGCCUGGUGCCGCCAGUGUCAACAAGGUUUCGUCUGAUGCCACGGCUGCGGCUACGACUACGUCGGCCGCGUCCGUCGACCCCACAUCGACAGCUGCUGCGAGCACUAUCGACACAUCAUCUGCCGUCUCUACCACAGUUGCUGCCUGCGCACCCUCAUCCGUCCCCUCGACUGCUCUGAUUGUCGGCCCCGUUGGCUCAUCAUGUGCCACGUUCAACAGCCUUGCUGCUGCUGUUGCCGCGCUGCCCGCCGACACGACGACGCAGUACAUUUACAUUCUGGCCGGCACGUACAAUGAGAAGGUCACGCUGACCCGCACCGGCGCCACCGUCCUUCGCGGCGAGACCGACAACGCUCUGUCCUCGUCGUCCAACAAGGUCACCAUCCAAAACGCGGCCGGCGUUCUCUCCAGCGCAGGCGGCUCUGCUGGCACGGCCACAUUUUCCGCCAACAAGUACGAGGCCAAGUUUGUGACCUUCUACAACAUCAACUUUGAGAACACAUACGCUCAGCAGACCAACAACAUCGCGGUCGCUGCCUACUCCAAGGGCACCAAGGUCGCCUUUUACGGCUGCAACGUCAAGUCCACCCAGGGCUCGCUGUACCUUGACUACGGUAACGUCUUUUUCAGCGGUGGUCGCAUUGAGGGCACCACAGAUUUCAUCUGGGGCAUUGGCGCCGGCUACUUCUACAACUCGAUCAUCGUGUCCAGGGACUCAACCAACACGGGCUCGACCAUCGCGGCGAACCGGUACCAGAACUCCUUUGGCGGCUCCCAGAUCGUCUUCGAUGGCUGCGCCAUUGUUCCCAAGGACAAGACCGUGCCUCAGCAGGGCACCUAUCUCGGCAGGGACUACAGCACCAACGCCCAGGUGGCUGUUGUCAACUCGUACCUUGAUGCCCACAUUUACCCCGUGGGCUGGAGGAUCGGAGCUCCCAGCACGUUCAUUGGCACCUUCGCGGAGGCCAACAACACGGGUCCUGGAGCUGGUACCACUGGUCGUGCUUCUGUUGUGAAGCUGCUCGCUGACAACUCCGCCUACACCGUCAAGAAGGUUCUCGGCGACGACGCCUGGCUCGAUGCUCCUGCCAUUGCUCCCCAGCAAGCUUGGCCAGACUCGGUCUAUGCCGUGACUGUCGUGACGACGACGUCUGCGACGACGACGACGACGAGCACCCCGACGGGCGCCAGCAGCGUCGCUCCGACCACCACUACCACCUCGGCUGCCUCCAACACCCUGACCGUUGCGCCCACUCCCGCUACUGGUGAGUAUGCCACUGUCGCGUCUGCCGUGGCUGCCCUCCCUGCGGAUGGCAAGGAGUACACUAUCUUCAUCAAGGCCGGAUCGUACGAGGAGCAGGUCAGCGUUACGCGCCGUGGUAAGGUCACGCUCCGUGGCGAGACUUCUUUCGAGAAUGACUUCACCCAGAACGCCGUCCACAUCAAAUUCAGCCGUGGUGUGUCCACGAGCGCGGGACGCAACGAGGAGACACCCGUUCUCAACUGGAAGAACACCAACGGUGAUGGCUUGGCCCUGUACAACAUCAACUUCACCAACACGUACCCUCAGCAGUCGAGCACAGCGGCGUUGGCCGGUGACUUCUUCGGCACCAACAUGGCGGCGUAUGGAUGUGCUUUCGAUGGUUUCCAGGACACUCUUCUCGUCAACCAGGGUGUUCAGGUCUUUAGCAACAGCUACAUUGAGGGCAGUGUUGACUUUAUUUGGGGUUACAGCAAGGCGUACUUCCACCAAUGCUACGUCGCCUCCAACACCCCGAGGACGUACAUUACUGCCCAGAACAGACCCAAUGCCGCGUGGGCUGGCGGCUUCGUCUUUGACAAGUCCGUCAUCACCUACACCGAAAGCUACGGUACCAGCUUCGGUACUGUUGCUCUGGGUCGUCCUUGGUCGCAGUAUGCCGUCACGGUGUACAUGAACUCCUUCCUGGACAAGCAUAUUUCCCCUGCAGGCUGGAGCGUCUGGCAAACGAGCAACCCCCAGACCGACAAUGUUCUCUUUGGCGAGUUCAACAACGUUGGACCUGGCAACUGGACCGACUCUCGCGCCACCUUUGCCACCAAGCUCACCGAGGCACAGGCUUCCCAGUACAAGCUUGAGACCUUCAUUGGCAGCACGAGCUGGCUGGAUGCCAAGGCGUUUGCCUAUGUCCCCAGCUACAGCCUCACUUCAGUCGGAGCCGCCGAAGUGCCGGUUCCCGAGCCCACCACCCCCGUCGUGAUCACGCACCCGACGAGCGGCACCGAGCCUCCGGCUGGUGCCGUCAUCGUGGGCGCCCCUAGCGCCGUCACCCGCCGCGCUGAUGGUAGCACCGCGAAAUCCUUCAACAGCCUGACAGCUGCCCUGGCUAGCUUGCCAUCGGAUUCGUCGAACCAGAUUAUCUUCCUCUAUCCGGGUACCUACACGGAGCAGGUGCCUAGCAUCAACCGCCCGGGACCUGUCAUGAUUAUUGGAUACACGAGUGAUGCCCCUGGCAAGAGCUACAAGAACAACCAGGUCACCAUCACCCAGGCCCGCGGUCUGUCCGUGUCCCCACCGCCUGCCGGUCACAGCAACGCCGAGACGGCAACCAUUGCCACGGCGAGCUCCAAGAUCUCCUGGUACAACAUCAACCUCGUCAACACGGAGAACCUAGACGGCGCGAUUCCCAGCUACGUCUCCCUGGCUGCCAGCGUCUACGGCGACAAGAUUGGCUUCUACGGUUGCUCAUUUGUUGGCUGGCAGGACACCCUCCUGACGGGCGCAACGGCUGGCAACCAGUACUACGAGAGCUGCUACAUUGACGGUGCCAUCGACUUCAUCUGGGGCUACUCCAAGGCCUACUUCAAGGGCUGCACGAUUGCCGCGAAGCGAGCCAAGUCCGCCAUCACCGCUCAAAGCCGUGCGAGUCUGACUGCCAUUGGCGGUUACAUUUUUGAUCAGUGUCUCUUCACCGAGGCCCCGACCGCUACCGUCGAUCUCAAGGGCCAGGUGUACCUCGGCCGGCCCUACUCCAAGUUUGCGCUUGUCGUCGUCAAGAACAGUUUCCUCUCCGACGUUAUCCAGCCCGCUGGUUGGAAGAUCUGGUCCAACACUGACCCUCGCAACGACUCGAUCACGUUUGCCGAGUACAACAACGCCGGCCCGGGCAGCUGGGAGAACAACGCUGCCGCUCGUGCGACGUUCCGGGGCGCCUCCCUGCUCACCGCCGAUGACUACCCCCUCAGCAAGGUCAUGUCCAGCACUGACUGGAUUGAUCUGACCUACUGGGACCAGAUCCAGACGCCGCAGCCCGCCGUGGUACCCGUGACACCUGUAAUCCCCACUGUCUAUGACGGCACCAAGCCUCCUGCCGGCGCCUUCAUCGUCUCCAAGACGCCUGUCGAUGGUCAGACCACGUACGACACCAUUCAGGCGGCCCUCAACGCCCUACCGACCUCGAAGCAGAUCACGCCCACCGUCUUCAUCUACCCUGGCACGUACAAUGAGCAGCUGAUCCUCGCGCGGGCUGGUACCACCAUUCUCAUCGGCUACAGCUCGAACUCUGGUGACUACUCUCAGAACCAAGUCACCAUCAGCUUCGACAAGGGCAUCGACACGCAGGCUGACGCCUCCAACUCGGACUCUGCCACUGUUUACGCCACUGGCAACUACCUGCAGGCUGUCAACAUAAACUUUGCCAACACCUUUGGCACCGCAUCCAACUAUGCCUCGCUCGGCUUUGGUGUCAAGAGCAGCAAGUACGCUUCGCUGUACGGCUGCCAGGUCUACGGCAACCAGGACGCCCUGCUCAUCAACGGUUUCCUCUUUGCAUCGCACUCCUACAUUGAGGGCAACAUUGACAUGAUCUGGGGCAGUGGCGCCGCGUACUUCCUCGCCAGCACCAUCGCACCGAACCGCGACGGCGUCGCCCUGACGGCCAGCAAGCGCGCCACCAACACAACCCCCGCCGGCUUCGUGUUCGACCAGUGCACUGUGACGCCUGCCAAGGGAGCCAAGUACACUUCCGUCUCGCUCGGCAGGCCCUGGAACGCCGACGCUCGCGUGGCCUACAUCGACAGCUUCCUCGACUCGUGCAUCGAAGCCAACGGCUGGGAUCAGUGGACCAAGACUGAUCCGCGCACGGCUGGGGCCCUCUUUGGCGAGUUCGCCAACGACGGUCCCGGCUCUGAUCUGAGCGCCCGUGCUGCUUUUGCCACCAAGCUCACGGCUGCUGAUGCGGCCCAGUUCGAGCUGGCGACCUUCUUCCCGGCUGGAAUUUCGUGGAUCAACAUGACGUUGGUUUCAGCCACGCCAUUCAAGGCUGGCGCCGUCGUGCUGCCCACUGCUACGACCAGUGCCACGACGUCUGCCACAACAACGGUGACGACGUCGACAUCGACAACGAGCUCCGUUCCCGCCACGACUGUGACUGUCUUCACCACCAAGCUGUCGACCCUGAAGGAGACGUCAAUCACUACUGUCCAGGCUCUUGACACGACGGUGACGCUCAAGACGACCGCGACAGUCGAUGCCGCCACCACCAUCACGCCUGCCGCCGAAACCAAGACGACUUUGAUCCGCUCUACCGAGGUUGAUGUGGCCACUGUCCAGGAGCCAGACACCACGGUUGUCCGCAAGGCCACCAUCACGGUCAAUGUCGGAACGACCGUCACACCCAAUCCUGUCACGCAGACGUCGACCUCGCUCGCCACGUCGACCAACACGAUCAUCGUCACCAAGGCUGCCGAGCCCAGGACCAUCACCUCCACCUCGCUGACCACCAGCACGGCGACUAGCACCCCCAAGGGCGUCACCGCCACGCAGGUCAUUCGCUCGACGGCCUUCUUCACCAAGACGACGACGCCCAAGCCCGUCACGGUCAAGUCGACGUCGACGAUUGUCAUUGGCGACGGCAGCGUCACCACCGUGACUGCCAAGGCCUUGACCGUCUCGACGACUGUGUUCAAGACUGUUGUCUCGACGGCCAAGAAGACGACGACGAUCAAAUGCAUCCCGACCAAGGCGCCGACGAAGCGCGACCUGUUUGAGUUUGAGGAUUUCUCCAAGCGCGACGACGUCUUUGACGACUACGAAAGCGACCCCGAGGUUGCCUACGUCGAGGUCCGCGCCCUGGGUGACGUGACCGUCACCGUGACCGUCCUGUCCACGCUCAGCACCUACGUCAAGACGGCCACUGUCACGCUGCCAGGCAGCACCUCGACGACCGAGCUCAUCACGACCAAGACUGUUGGCAAGCCUGUCACGCUGAAGCCUGUGACGGCCACCCAGACGAUCGUGACGGUGCAGACGCGCGCCACGACGACGACGCUUCCCGGUCGCACCGAGACAACGACGGCCACAGCUGUCGUGUCGGCUGGCAAGACGUCGACUCUGAAGCCGGCUACCGUGUCGGUCGUCGUGCAGUCGACUCGCACCGUGACGGUGCAAUCGACGACGACGCUGCCUGCCGCGAUCCAGAACGUGGUCCGCACCCAGACGCGUCAUACCACCGUCGUCCUGCCACGCCAGACGGCGACGGUGACGGUGCGCGAAAACUCGGCGCAGACUAACACUGUCAUACUGCCGGCGUCGACGGCCACGAGCUGGGCCACGGUCCGCUCAACGGUCAAGCCUUCGGGCACCAUCACGAACCGCGCGACGGUCACCAAGACGAAGACGUCGCAGGUCAAGUCGACCGUGACGAGCUGGGGGAAUGCGGCGAACUGUUCCAUCGCGCUCGGUGGGCUGGCCGGCGCGGCGGGCGUCUCUGGUGGUUCUCGGCCGCCAGGGACGAGGUGCCUCGUCUCGAGAGCCCGCCGUCUGAACACCUCGUCGACGAGCGCGGCCCGUCGAGAGACCAAGUCAGCCGCCUGCUAUCACGAGGUGCCCUAUUCGGUUCCCGUCAGCACCAUGCCCGGGCUCACGCGGUACGACGGCACGCAGCUCGCCUCCCACGGCCCCUGCAAAGACGGCUUCCUCCACGGCGCGUUCCCCUCGCCGUGGGCGGCCGACCCGUCGUCGCGCCUCAUGGCCUGGGCCGUGUUUGACGGGCACGCGGGCUGGCAGACGGCGGCGCUGCUCGAGGAGCAGCUCGCGCCGUUUGUGCGCCGCGACCUGCACGACAUCGAGCCCAGCGGCGCGGGGCAGGUGGCUUUCUUUGGGUAG